AUGUCAAUGGUCAACGAAGAUGUUCUUUGGCUCGAGCCACUCUUUUUCGAUUAUAAUAUUACUAUGGUUGAAGCAACAUUUAGUUAUCAAAUUCAAUCAGCAUCAAAUCCUUCAUCACCAUCUAUGUCAAUUUUAACUGUAACAACAUCAUCUGUUACUACAGCACUUUCCAAUCAUAAUCGCUUUGUUGUUCUUAAAUGGUCUGUUAGAAUUAUCGGUAGUUUAUUAAUUGUCAUCGGUGGUAUUGGUAAUACUCUAUCAGCAUUAACACUUAGCCGAAAAAAAUUACGAGCUCAAGUUACAUCAAUUUAUCUCAUUGCUUUAGCAUUAUCUGAUCUUGGUAAUGUUUUCUUUAGUGUAUUAAAUUUCUAUCUUAUUCGUAUUGAUCCCGAACAAAAUAUGCGUUUAUAUAGCAAUAUAACAUGCAAAUUACAUAUAUUUUUUACUUAUUAUUUUAUUAAUCUAUCUCCAACAUUACUUGUUGCUGUUAGUGUUCAACGUUAUCUUGCUGUAGCUAAACAUCAUUAUUCUAAACGACAUUGUACUGUUAAAAAUGCCUAUAUAAUUAUUAGUUUUAUUUGUUUAUUUUCCGUCUUGAUACAAUUACAUUGGGCAAUAUUUUAUAAACUUCAAUUCGUACCUAUAAAACAAGGUUCAACAUCAUUAAAUCGUACAAUAUUAUAUAGACGUGUAUGUAAUAUAACAGCAAAUGAUCCACAUUAUGUAUGGUUUCGUUCGAAUAUGAUUGGAUAUAUUCAAUGGUUUUUCUUUACAUUAUGUCCAUUUGUUGUUAUGUUAAUACUUAAUUCAUUAAUAUUAAAAGUUAUUGCAUCAGCACGUCGUAUUCAAGAACGUAUUAAUCAAAAAAAUCAACGUAAAAAAGCUAAACAACGAAAUAUGACAAUAAUGCUUUUAUCUGUCUCAUGUGUAUUUAUAUUAUUAACAGCACCUGCAUCAACAUUUAUGGCAUUUGGACAUUUAUUUAAUAAUUUACACGGACCCAAUUCACAAUCAUUAUGGACAAUGUUUUCAUUAAUUUAUUAUGCAAAUACAGCAGCGAAUUUUUUAUUAUAUUUUUUAACAGCUAAUGUUUUUCGUCAAGAACUUCGUGUUAUGAUUUUUACUAUUCCAAUAUGUAAAAAAAUUUUACCUGAAUAUGCUCGAAUAAGUUUAGCACAUGCUGGUCUUCCUACUAUUGCUGAGGGCGGAGGCGGUGGGCAAGGAUUAGGUACAACAACAAAUGCUGGCUACGGAAAGAAUACUCAAAGGACUACUUUUCCUCUAGUUAAUUCAACAGCGCAUUAUCAAAAUGAGAAGACAACAGAAUAUCAUCGAAAACGUAAUGGAAGUGAUGGAACAGCAGUAGAUUUGACUAUUAAUCGAAAUGAUCUUUUACAUCCGGAAAAUAAUAAUACUCAUAUUUUAAAAGAUGCAGAUUCACGAUUAUGA